GCCACGGAGGCCACAGGACGGAACGAGAGGCCGGGGCGCGCCGCGGCCUUAUCCGCACCGCACCACACCUUGACGUCCCGCCACGCCGACCGCGCAAUGGGCCACCAAUGGCCACCACCGCCGCUCUCUCCUGCUCCUGCUCCCCGUCCCCGUCGCCUUCCUCCACGCUCCUCCUCAGGCGAACCGUCUCCGCCUUCCACCGCCGACCUGCCCAUGCCGGCGUCCGCCGCCCCCGCCUCGCCCCCUUGCACGUGGUGGACGACUCCAAGGAGGUGGAGGCGAGGUCGGAGACGGACAGGCUGGUGGACGGCCUGAACUUCGGGGAGCUGUGCAACGACUUCGAGUGCAUAAGCAGCCCGUACGUGGAGUCCACGGCCAGGCAGAUCGCCAGGGACAUCCUCGAGAUCCGCCAGGACAACCGCGCCCUCAGCUGCUACGCCGUCGCCGUCAAAUACAAGGAUCCUCUCAGGUCAUUUGCCGGGCGUGAGAAGUACAAGAGGCCAUUGUGGAUCACUGAGGCCCUGGAAAAACCUACGGUGACAGUCCAGGAAAUGUCAAUGCAAUCCACGAGCAGUCUGACCAUCAAGUGGACGCUGAGGGGGAAACCCAAGAACGCCUUCUUCGCGGCGGCGGGAGGGGAGCUGGUUGUCCGCAUCGACUCGCAGUUCGUCCUGAACCAGAUCAGUGGGCAGGUGCUGGAGCACGUCGAGUCGUGGGACCUCUCCGCGUCGUCCCCUCUCGCCCAGGCCUACUUCUGGUUUUCCAGGAGGGUUUACUCCACCGUGGAGGCCGGCAAGGACACGAUCGAGGCUGCCAAGGGCGUGGCGUCGCGGCUGAACAAAGACGAUAAUCUGGAGGUCUAUCCUGACCCCCUGGGAGAUCCCACGAAGUUCUUUACGAGGCCGGAUGAUCUGAACCAAGACGUGGUUCAGAUUGGGCUCUUCCUGGCCGUCCUCUACUUCAUUGUACAGUUCCUGAAAACGACUCUGUGAUGAUGACUGUACUAGCUACGACUCGUGACUGAAUUCUCCGGAACAAGGUUGUGUGUAUAUACAUACCCGUGUAUCGAUGUCUAACAUACUCAUAUAACAGGCAUGCCCACGCAGGCAUGAGUUUUUGAGACUA